AUGUCGUACUCCCAAUAUAUCAAUAAAGGAAUCGAGACCCAAGACGCUCAUAGAAAAGAAGCUGCAAUACCGCCAGAGUUUGAGAAAAGAAAUGAGUUUUUCAUUGACCCUAAAUCACGAAAAUACGAUCAACAAUAUUUUUCAAUGUACCAAUAUCGGUACAAUAAAUUGCAGAAACGAGCAUGGACUAAUGCCAUGAAAAAAUGGGGUAAUGGUACUAAAAAAGUCGAUGGACAGACCAUUACUAAACAAGAUAAGAUUUUGGAUAUAGUUGGAGGUAAAUUAUGUUGGGUGAUAGGAACUGUGUUUGUUGAUGCUAAAUACAAGUUGAACAUUUUGAAUGAUGUGGAAAGGGGAACUGACGACGUGUUGCCAUUAGAGCCAGUUUCGUAUUUAGAUGGGGACGAACAGCCAGUGGUAAUGUUAGAAGAUGAAUCAGGUAGGGCCAUAUUGCAUAAUGAAGAUUUUUUACAGCAGAAUCUAUUGGUUACUGGGUGUAUUGUAGCUGUUUUGGGAAUUGAGAUCCAAGCUGGUAUAUUUGAAAUCAUGGAUGUGGCAUAUCCUGAAUGUGCACCGCAGAGGCCACUUUCGAGUGCUGACACCAGAUCAGGUAAGAUUGCAUUAGUAUCUGGUUUGAACAUUGGCUUGGAAGGACAUUAUGAUUUAAAGCUUGAACUUCUUAAACAAUAUCUUGUUGGUGAACUUGGUGGUGAUGACUCCAAACAGUUCAAUAGCAAUAUUGCUCAAUUGAUAAUUGCAGGUGAUUCUAUUGAACCAUUACAAACAAUUGAUGAAGAAGAAGAUCUUAAGAAUUACAUCACUACAAACAACUACGGAUCAAAGAAUAUUUCCAAAUACAACAAUGAGUCAUUGAAACAGCUAGAUCAAUUCAUCAAUGAGUUAAUUGUCACUAUGCCCAUUGCAGUGAUGCCAGGAGAACACGAUCCAGCAGAAAUAUGCCUUCCUCAACAACCAUUACACAAAUCCCUAUUCAAAUCAAAUCAAUCAGUGCUAGGAAGUGAAAGAUUAAGUCGAUUGACAAAUCCAACUUGGAUUGAAGCUAGCAAUGUACGGAUGUUGGGAACUAGUGGCCAAAAUGUCAAUGACGUAAAGAAGUAUGUUACAAGACAAUCAGAUUCCGAUUCAUUAAAGAUUAUACGGUCUAGUAUGAAAUGGCAAAAUUUUGUACCUACCGCCCCAGAUACGUUAUACUGUUAUCCGUUUGAAGAUGCAGAUCCAUUCGUCUUUGAAUCUGAACUACCUCAUGUUUAUUUCGUGGGGAAUCAAGAUAAGUUUCAAACUGAUACUUAUAAAUGUCCUGAUUCUGGUGCUCAAGUGCGUUUGAUUAGUAUACCACAGUUUAAAUCUACAGGUGAAUUUAUAAUACUUGAUUUGGAUACGUUAGAGGUGGAGCUUGUUAAAAUAGAGACAUAA